AUGGAGGGAGUGGACAUCUCCGACGGUGACCCCGGCUUCGCACUACUCCUAACCCUGCUCGCCGGCCUUGCCACCACGAUCGGCGCAGCCAUUGCGUUCUGUGCCAAUACUGACGACAACCGCGUGUUCGCGAUUUGCCUGGGCGUGUCUGCUGGGGUCAUGGCGUAUGUGUCCUUCUCAGAGAUCUUGGACAUGACGAAUCAGAGUUUCCAGGAUGCAAACCUCUCUGAGCGGAGUGCUUUCACAUUCGGGACACUGACUACCUUCGCAGGGAUCCUCCUCGCCAUGCUGGUGGAGUUUGUCGGCAUGAAGUGCUUCCACAGGCAUGCCGGCGAGGUUGUGGUGAGUGACGCUCCCGAGCCGGAAGCGCAGGACAUGGCCGGAGAGAAGCCCCUCAGCAAGUCCGAGCGGUUGAACAUGUUGCAGAUGGCGACAUUCUCAGGAAUCGCUGUGGCAUUGCACAACUUUCCUGAAGGCAUCGCAACCUUCAUUUCGACAAUGGCUGAUCCCAGCUUUGGGCCGGCCAUGGCUUUCGCCAUCGCGAUGCACAACAUCCCCGAAGGCCUGGCUGUGGCAGCGCCCAUCAAGAAGGCGACGGGCUCCAAGUGCAAAGCGUUUUUCUGGGCUUUCGUUUCCGGCCUCUCCGAGCCCCUGGGCGGUCUGUUGGGAUGGCUGGUUCUCAAGGACGUACUGGGACCCGCCACCUACGGCAUCUUCUAUGGCCUAACCGCCGGGAUCAUGAUCCACAUCUCCUUCAAGAAGAUGCUGCCGACCGCCCUGAAGUACGACCCAAACAAUCACUACACGUCCUACUCCUUCUUUGCCGGAAUGGAGCAAACGUUUUGGGCAGCGGUGCUAGACCAAUUCCACCGGUCAGGAUCUCCGAGGUCGACGGAUGCCCAAAGCAUGACCAUGACGGUGUCAAGCUGCAAUCAGGCUCAGCAGUGGCACCGGGGGCUUCUUCUGCGCAUCGGCAAUGAGGAGGCAUGGAACGAGUACUGCUUCAAUGCAGCGAUGAACGGCUCCCAGGAAAGGUGGCCUCUUGUGGGCGCACUGUUUCUGCAGAUGAAGGAGAGCCGAGUCCCCCCAGACGGUGCCUCGAUCAGUAUUAUGGCCACCUCACUGGUACAGGCUGGCCACUGGCGCUCGGCGCUUCAGAUCCUCGAGCCCUCGCCUUGCACCUCCGUCACUUUCCACUCAAUCAUGCAUGCACUCGGCGAGAAUUCGUUGUGGGAAUGGGCGCUGCUUCUGCUGCGCUCCUUGUGCCGCGGAAAGCUAGGUCUUCGAGCUUCGGAAAUGAGUUUUAGUGUGGCCAUGGGUGCCUGCCAGCACGGGGCAGUGUGGCAAGGAUCCAUGGACUUGCUGGGCCAGGCGAUGUGCACCGUGGGGUGUACGAGCACGAUCACCUGGAACCCAGCCUUGGGCGCUUGUGAGCUGCAGGGCCUUUGGCAGCGGAGUUUGGCCGCUUUGCAGCGGAUGCCGGGGAUGCGAAGCCGAGCCCGAGCAGCGAAGGCCUGCGCUCGCGCCUCGGCCUGGGCCGCAGGGCUGGUGCUCGGUUGGGGCCAGGAAGGCAAGCCGCAGGAGCCACAGCAGGAGCCACGGCAGGAGCCACGGCAGGAGCUACGGCGGGAGCCUCAUGGGCCUUGGGAGAGGAUGGCGAGGCUUUUGGGCUUGGGCUUUCAGGGCUGCCCCCCAUCACGCGCUCGGUGGCAGACGGCUUUGGAAGCGCUGCAAGCCGGCCGGCGGAGGCAUAUCGAAGUGGAUCAGGUCGAUUUCAACGCGGCGGUCAGCGCUUGCGAGAAGGAUGUCGACACUGUUGAGCCGUCUCCGGGCACAACGUGGCGGUACGUGCUGUGUUUGCUGGACGAAGCGGAGAAGCACACCAGGCCGGACUGCAUAACUUUCAGUGCAGCUAUCAGUAUCCUAGACGAAGCGAGAUGGUGGAAGAAGGCCUUGGCAUCGUAUGAUGGCCUUUUGAGCAAGGCUGUGCAGCCUGGUGGAGUGACCUUCAAUGCUUUGGCUGGCACGCUGGAAACGGCUCGGCACUGGCCUGAGGCCCUGCUACUAUUGGAGGCCAUGGACGUCGGCAGGGUCUCGCCAGACAACAUCUUUUUUGGGGUGUUGCUGAAGUCGUCCUCAGGUUUCAUGCCUGCAGACCAACUUUGGGCCCAGAUGCAGAGCCGUCGCAUUGCCUCGGAUGCCGUCGCCUGUGCAUCAGCAAUAGAGGGAUUGGUGUUGGACAUGAGGGUCAUGGACAGCACCAGCAUGAUGCCGACACUGCAGGACCUGGGCAUCGAAGUUCUGCACGAGCGGUUGAAGCGAGGGGCUUGA